CUGUCGGGGAUACUGUAUCCUGGGGAUGCCCCAGACAAUGCGGACUUGCUGGCCACUGACCAUUUCUACCUGUACCAGGUAACAGAGAAUGAGUACGUCAUAAUGAACUCAGGAUGCAGGCUGGAUCCAGAGCUUACCGUACCUAUUGCGUCACUGAUGAAUCCGUUAUUCAAACUAGAUCGCUGGUACUGGCGUCACCUUGGUCUAAGACGGGGCUAUGAUAAACGAGACCUCACGAGGAGUGAGCGUCAAUGUACCUGGAGGUCUGGGUCUAUGGGAGAUGCCUUGGCAGAGCACGCUACAUUCCUAUUGGACUCGCGGUCCCAGUACCCAAACGAUGGGCCCGCGUGUAGAGCACCGCGGAGGUUCGAGUGUUGCUUCGUAGGUCAUGGGCUCUACAAAGUCUACGACACCGUGUUGUCCUUCUCGGCAACUGUGUCUGAGAAACUGUUAAUGAACAGGUGCUUUGACAUCACUAACUGGUAUGCAAAGCAACUCACUGCAGGCUACCAUGCCCUGCAGGACAAGUUUGACAAGUGGACUUGCGAAUGGGAUGUAUUUCGGCUGUUAGAUCGCGGAUCGCUGUUGCCAAUGGAUUGUCAGUUGGACAAGCUGGCAAGAUAUAUAUUAGAACCCAUACCUCCAAUGUGGAUGUGGCAAGUGCACAGGUUAAUACAUAUCAUAGAGUUUAACGGGGUGUCAGUCCCCGCAGGGACAUACCCCACAUUGCAGCGCAAUGCCGCACUGACUUGGGACUUCACGCAACUGUUGCCCAAGCCGAUAGUCGUGGUUGUACACAUCAACGGUCGCCCUGCUCGUGUUUUGAUCGAUACCGGGUCGUUAGCAGACUUUAUGUAG